AUCGGAGAUGAACGUGACACAUAUAGCUUCAAAGGCAGUCGGUCCUAAGAGUUUUCAUUUAACUUUUUUUACAUGGUAUAAUUGAUACGUCGUAUCUCGACUCUACGUAUUAUUUGUUUGUCAUAUACAUUUAUAUUAUUCACAUAUUUAUACGACCAUUUCAUCGCGCACACCCACACACACACACACAUAUAUAUAUAUAUACAUACAUACAUACAUACACAUACAUACACAUAUACAUACCUCCUAUCUAUCUAUCUACCUAUCUACCUACCCAGCAGCAAUGCGCAUCCCGUACGUGCCCAACCCGCCGCAGCCGGCGUCGGAAGACGAAGCGGCGAUCGUAGCGCGGAUCGCGGCGCGGCGGGCGCCGCGGCCGCUGCAGGCGCUGGACCUGGCGCUGCUGCAUUCGCCGGCGGUGGCGGACGGGUGGAACAGCUUUCUGGGGGCGGUGCGCACCCGGACGUCGCUGGACGACCGGGCGCGCGAGAUCGCCAUCUGUCGGGUCGCGGUGUGCAACGGGGCGUGGUACGAGUGGGGGCACCAUGCGCCGCUUGCUCGGGCGGCGGGGGUUAGCGAGGAGGGGAUGGGGGUUGUGGGGAGGGAUGUGCUGGUGGUUGAGGAGGGAGGAGAUGGGGAUGGGGAUGGGGAUGGGGAUUUGGGGGCAAGGGAGGAGAGGAGUAGGAAGGAGGCUGAGAGGGCGGGGCUGGGGGAGAGGGAGUGGGCGGUGUUGAGGUAUGCGGAUGAGAUGACGAGGAAUGUGAAGGUGUCGGAUGAGGUGUUUGGGGCGCUGAGGAGGGUGUGUAGCGAGAGGGAGGUUGUGGAGGUUACUGCUACGGUUGCGGCGUAUAACUGCGUCAGCCGGUUUCUGGUCGCGUUGGACGUUGGCGAGAAAAACGGCACUGGGCCCGAUGCUGGACAUUAAGAGGAAUUACGGCUGCCCCUUACUUAGAGCUGACAGGCAGGAUAUUAAAAUUGGAUGCUUCUUGUUAUAUACGAGGUGAUGAUAGUGAAUGCAUAAAUAGGUACCUAGGUACCUAGGUAGGUAGUAUGAAUAUAUAUUAGUAUCGAAUUGCUUGGAUUAACUGCUAGCUUAGCUAGUUAGAUAUAUUAUCGACGUUAUAAGUCGAUUUCCUUUCCUUAAUAACCAACCACCCAACCAAGUUCUUGUACAUCCACCUAACCCUACACCGAAUCCAUCCAAUACAUAUGACAUUCCCGGAGGAUAAUAACCAAUCCGUAUAAUGCGGGCAUGAGAUGUGGUAUCUAUCUAAAUAUCCCG